AAUGCCAUAUUGUAAUGCCGUCACGGAAUUUGAAUGUGUAUAUUUGUAUCGGUCGCGGGGUUUGACCAAAUCAAAGAAACUCGGUCAUUGGGCCGUUGAUCGGCCUCCUGAUACACAAAUGUUUAAAGACGAUAUCAAGUUCACAUUUGAUUUAGAUAGUGUACAAUGUUAGUACACUUGUUUCUUUUUAUGAAUAUUUGGACAAUCUGCAGUUUCAAAGAAGAGGAAGGAAAGGUUGACUUGAAUCAGCUUGUUAGUGUUUUAAAAAUACUGAAGACAGAUUUGGAACAGCUGAAAAAGAAUUUUACCGGCCUUAGUACAACAGUUGUUGAAUUAAAAAAGGAAAACGCUCAACUCAAAACUACAUGUAAAUGUGGUGCAACAACUACAAAUGCAAGUAGUGCUGAUGCAAAGAAACCUGCUCCUAAUAACAGCUCAACGAAGCCUUCACCUAAAAAUGCAAGCACUGUUAGUCCGAAAAAAACUGAAGUGCCAGCGAUCAAACCUGUAGUACCAGUGGUGCCUGCAGCUGCUACAACUAAAGAACCAGCACAAGUCAGCAAAGUGGUAGGAUUCACUGCCGCACUAACUAAGAUAAUAAGUCUCGGUGAGCACCAACCUGUAGAAUAUGAUAAAGUUCUUACAAAUGAAGGAAAGGCUUUUGAUAAACGACAUGGACAUUUUAUAGCACCGGUUAAAGGCCUAUAUAUCCUGUCAGCAACAAUUAUAAAUAUUGAAAAAAAGGAAAUGCACAUGGAGAUGGUCAAAAACGGAGUUCAACUCGUCGCUUUCUACGCAGAUCCGGAUGAUUACUCCAUGGGAAGCCAAACAAUUGUAGUAACACUUGAAGCCAACGAUAUGGUAUGGAUGAGACAUUGUCGUAAAAAGAAAGCCUCAUCUAUCUAUGGGAAAAAAGACCAACCAAUCAACUCUUUCUCCGGUGCUUUACUUGUACAGUUACAUUAGUGAAAUAAAAAAUUAAGAGUA